AGUAAUUACAUUUAUUUCAUUUGACUAACGGAUGAUUCACAAAUCUGUUUUGAACUGAACAUUUAUUUCAAUUUGCAAACUCACGUAUUGGGGGAUUGUAACUUAAGUGUCUGUAAAACUGUUUGUGGAUAUAAACUUCAAUUUUUAUUUGGUGGAACAUAAGAUAGGAGCCAAGUGGAAAACAAUGUUCUUUGUGUUUGUAAUCUGCAUACAGAUGCCUACUAUUCCAAGUGUUAGCAUUGCAACUCAGUUCUAUUGUGCAGCAGAUAACGUGUGCAUUGUUAAUGACUGGAAAUGCGAUGAGGUGCACGACUGCUCAGAUGGCAGUGACGAAAACAACUGCAUUGUCAACCAACCAUGUGAUGGAGACAUGUUCACCUGCGCAAAUGGGCAGUGUAUCUCCAAGGAAUGGAGUCUGACGGCGAUGCUGAUUGUAUAGACGGUUCUGAUGAACACGAUUGUGCCGCCAAAGCAUGUGGUGCUGAGCAAUUUAAAUGUAAUGACGACAGUGGCUGUAUUGACCAAUCCUGGCGCUGUGACGGUGACUUUGACUGCUCGGACAGUAGUGACGAGAAUAACUGCACGGUCUCUGGGCAUACUGGCACGGGUGUUGAGGUCUGUAACGUCAACACUGACUUUAAGUGUGUCAACUCUGGCGAAUGUAUCCAUAAGUCCUGGCAAUGUGACGGUGAUUCAGACUGUACUGACAGCUCGGACGAAGGGAACGAAUCAAAUUGUGUUUACAAUUGCACUGAGAACCAUUUCAAGUGUUCCAACAAUGUGUGCAUUUCCGAAACCUUGCAUUGCGACCACACUAACGACUGUUCGGACGGGUCGGACGAACAGAACUGCAAAGUCGGCUGUGCUGGUAAUUUUUAUGGGCCUAAUUGCAAUAUGACGUGCCCAAAAACUUGCAACACCAUUACGACCGGGCCUUCGUGUCACGCUGAAAACGGAACGUGCCUUGCGGGGUGUCUGAACGGAUUCCACGACCAAACAUGUUCUGAUGUGUGCCAACACUGUGUGAACAAUACAUGCCAAAAGGAUGACGGGGUCUGCGUUCACGGAUGCAUACUGGGAUAUAGACUCGACGUGUCUGUCCAAAAAUGCGUAUAUGGUAAUGUAAAUAUACGUAUCCGUCAUAUAGGUGUUAUUGCACGCUAUUUUGAUUGGUUAUUUUCUAUUUCUUUUAAUUGUUUGACUUUAGACCAUACGAAAUGCGGCGAUAAGUUUUGGGACUCCUAUAAAAGCAGUUCCCGAUGCUACCUACGAGACGUGUCGGGAACCUUAGCAUUAAAUGUCUGUUGUCACAAAGUGUUUGUGAAUAACAUCUGCGAUUGCCAUAAGGUGGAAAUAAAGGCACACGCUAUGUGGAGUACAGUUGUGUUUGUGUAUGUCAUCUGCAUUCAGAUACCUACUACAUUUAGUGCUGACCCAAAUUGUGAUGGAGACAUGUUUAACUGCGGCGAUGGGCAGUGUAUCUCCAAAGAAUGGCAGUGUGAUGGAGCUGGAGAUUGUCUGGACGAUUCUGAUGAACACAAUUGUGACGGCUUUAACGAUUGCACUGAGAACGAGUUCAGAUGUUCCAACAAUUUGUGCAUUGCCAAGAUCUUGCAUUGUGACCACAAUAACGACUGUACGGAUGGGUCGGACGAACAGAAUUGCCAAGUCGAUGUUGACGACUAUAAUGAAUACGGCCAUUGCAAUGAACAUUGUGACACAUGCGAUAUGGGGGGAAAUUGUAAAAUGUGCAAAGAAGGGUGGUUUGGCGAGGCAGACGAAGUGAGCGGUGAGUUUGCAUUGAUAUGUGACCAAACCUGCCCAGCAACUUGUAAAUUUGGCCACUGUGAUGGGCAUACAGGAUACUGCAAAGACGGCUGUAAGCAUGGAUACUAUGGUAAGAGAUGUGAAGACAACUGCAAACAGAUAUGUGUUUAUGAGGAUUGUGAUUUAUUUGGUAAUUGCACGAUUGGGUGUAAAGCUGGUACAUUUGGGCCAAAAUGUGCUGAAUAUUGCCCACAAAGAUGUAAGGACAAAUUAUGCGAUGUCGUAAAUGGUUCGUGUUCCAAAGGAUGUGCUGAUAACUUUUAUGGAUCUCAUUGCAAUAUAACGUGCCCGAAAACUUGCAACACCGUUGCGGUCGGGCCUUCGUGUCAUGCUGAAAGCGGAUCGUGCCUUGCGGGGUGUUUGAAUGGAUUCUAUGGCGAAAGAUGUAGCGAUGUGUGCCAACACUGUGUGAACAACACAUGUCAAAAAGAUGACGGGGUCUGUGUUCAUGGAUGCAUAAUGGGAUAUAGACUCGACGUUUACGCCCGAACAUGCCUAUAUGGUUUACAAGACAACAAUGUCGACAAAAUGGCGCAAACAGCCAAACCAUUACCUGUAUAUGCCGUAGUAGCAAUUGCUGUCGGUUGUGUUGUUUUAGUGGUGAUUGUCGUAAUAAUGAUCAUCCGUCGCUAUAGAAGAAGAAAUACGUCAAGAAGUUCUGAAAUGCUCGGAGGAAUUCCCAUGGAAGCAGUGGCAAAUGCUACCUACGAGACCUGUCAGGAACCAUGUAAGAACAAAACUGACAGAAUUUACACCACUACUGAUGGUUCAGAGGAAGUAGGUGUUGGACGAGGCGACGAUCUCGCGUAUAAGUUUAACGGGAAGGCUUAUUUGAAAAACUCUCUCCCGAAGGAGAAAAAGACGAUGAAAUAUAAAAGAAGCAAUGAUUUGAUAGGCAAUGACAAACAUCAAUCAAAUUAUGAAACACCUGCACCUGCAUUUGAUGAGACAGGCUACAUCUCACCAAUUGCAGAAUUAUUCCAUGGCGAUGACGGUUACGAAGUACCCUCGCCAUCGACCUCAGGAAGAAAUGCCGUGGAUGAGAACGACACGAACAUUUACUCAGAGCCGGACGAUCCGCCAUACUCGCAACCUGAUCUGGGCUACAACCUGGAAUCUGAAGAUGAACGUGUCUCGGAUAGUGGGUAUCGAGGGCGACCCGACCGUAUGGGUACCCAGCGCGCACCUCAUCAUGGCUGGCAAUUCAAAGCCUUGGCUUACAACUGGGCCGACCAAACCUUGUACUGGAGUGAAGCAACGAACAGAAAAAUUCAGGGUCUUAAACUGAACGGCAGCACCGAGACGAAGACCCUAUUCAUGGGAACGUCCAGCAUGGUGGAGGGGCUGGCGGUCGACUGGAUCUCCAACAACAUUUACUGGGCGGACUCCCUCUACGACUGGAUCAUGAUGGUAUCCAUGUAUGCAAAGCCCGGCUACAAGAUCGUCGUCAGGGACGGGCUUACCGGCCCCAGCGGCGUUGUCGUCCAUCCAGAGAAAGGCUAUCUUUUUUGGACCGACACCGGAGCUUACUCGAAAAUCGAAGUUUCGGAUUUGUUCGGACAAAACCGCCAAGUGAUCGUCGAUACGGACAUUUGGCAUCCGCGGGGAAUAACCAUUGACUUCACAGACGACACCCUAUACUGGGUGGACAGUAAGAAGAACACGGUCGAGUGCGCAGGCUUCAACGGAAAAAAACGAAGAGUUGUCGCCCAUCAGGCGGGAACCAUCUUCUUUGGAAUAGCCGUAUACGACAAAUACGUAUUCGUGACUGAGCAGAUGCAGGGUCAUCUCCGCGUGUACGACAAGCUGUCCGGAAACAACGAGAUCAACUACCAGCUCGGAUACGUUCCCGACGGAAUUGUUAUGUAUGACGAGACAAGACAGUCGGGAAACAACUCGGCGUGUGACGCCAAAGAGUUUGCCCAGAUCUGCAUUAACGACCCCUUAGCCGGCCAAAUGUGCAGGUGCGGUGAGAAACACCGGCUAGCGAAGGACGAAGUGUCAUGUUUAGUGAAGUCUGGUUUCACUAUUCCCAGUUACAUGUACGGGAUAGGGGACGCCAUAUGUCAGUAUCCGGUCAAUCUGCCGGACAUGUCGCUGACCAACGUUUCUCUGGAGUCGCAGUGCUUUCAGCCUAAGAGGAGUGGAGGAUAUUACGGCCUUGCGUUCAACGCACGAACGCACGAGCUGUUCUACACAGAGAACAUCACAGGAAGUAUUGGAAUAAUUAACACCGACAACGAUUUGGGUGAUACAAUAAUUAAAGGAGUUUAUGAUGUUCAGGCAAUGGUACUAGAUUGGGAAACUGGAAACCUGUUCUGGACGGAUCGAACGUACAACCACAUCUCGAUGGCCAGAAGCGAUGGCAUGUACCCCACUGUCGUCAUUUCCGGUCUGGAUCAGACGAUGGAAAUCGCCGUACACCCCGAACGAGGAUUGUUGUUUUGGACGGAACAAAAUUCUACGAAGGGCAUAUUUGUCGCCAGUAUGGACGGGUCCAAUAAGCGUGUAUUGGUAAACCAGGACGAAGUGGGCACGCCCAAUCACCUUUAUUUGGACUAUUUCGCUGAUAGAUUAUAUUGGGCGGACUCCGGUUUGUAUUCCGUGAAGUACGUGGAGCUCAAUAACUCGCAGGUCUUCACCAUAUAUGACAGCGUCGAGACGAUGGCAACCUUCAACGGAAUAAGCUUUUAUAAGGACUAUUUGAUAUGGACAGACAAAGACGACGUGAAGAACGGAAUUUACGCCGCCCGGCCAGACAAGCAGGAGAAGGUGCGCGGAAUCCUGCAUCCGGUUUCCGGGCUCGCUUCACAACUGAACACGUUCAACAUCAACUUCCAACCAGAAAUGACAAGCGCAUGCGCUGACAACGGCUUCUGUGAGCAUAUAUGCAUUCCAACCUCGAACGAGACGUACAUAUGCGCAUGUGGAGUGGGUUAUACAUUGGAUGACAACUUACGAACAUGCUCAUCGUAUGUCAAGUUCGACAACUACGUUGUAGCAGUGGAUUCUUUCCAAAAACAGAUCUAUCAAAUCGACCUGACGUACGGUGACGUCAGCGCUAUCCCGCUGUCGCAGUCGUACAAGGGAGUGGCCCUUGAUAUCCACAAGGUGACCGGGCGUCUGUAUUGGACUGACAACUCGAUGGGCGUCAUUGUUACGUCAAAUAUUGACGGCAGCGACGAAACAAUAUUUCGCAAACUUCCAAACGAUUCCAUUUCGGAUGGGUUAGCCGUUGAUCACGUUAUCCAGCUGUUAUUUUACACAUGCACACAUUAUGACGUCAUCAUGGUGACGUCACUCUCAAAUCCCGCCAUCUAUCGGACAAUUGUGAACGAGAGUUUAGACGAGCCGCGAGACAUCAUUGUGAAUCCGAGACUGGGAAACAUCGAACGUGCCUCGUUCUGUCAAAACGAGGAUUAA